AUGAUAAACAACAAGCAGAUAUCGUAUGCACUGGCAUUUGCCAUGUCUGCAGUGGCUAGUGGUAGUUCUAUUCGUAGGGUACCAGGCUACACUGUGCAGAGGAAUAUGGUACCACGUGGUGUUUCUGUCCGAAUGAUUAUAUCUUCUGAGAAGCCAAGUUCUUUUGAGCGCAGCUGUCGUUGCCUAUCUAUAGCUGGAAGAAACAAGGACGAUGUACGUGGGAAACAACACCAGGAGUCACAGUCGACAGGAUUACUUAGCUCUUCGAAUGAACUGGAGUUGAGUAAACCUUCUCACCUUUAUCCACAUUUGGUAUUGCUUGCUGCUAAAACGCGUAGCGCUGUAGAGGAUGUUGUCGGUGAUUUCCUUCGUGUCGAGCGUCGUCGACUUUACGCCAUUCAUCGCCCCUCACCAUGUAGAAAUACAUCUACAGUGACUUCACCAUAUGAGUAUAUUUUAGUUCUCCAGAAACUAAAGUCCUGUGACAUGGGCAGGGAUGCGAAGAAAGUGUAUUUGGUUUUCGCGGAAUUGCUUAAAAAGCCGCUUCAUCCAUCGCAGGCAGGAAUGGAAUGGGACCUCUCUGAUCAGGGGAUGAUGAAAGUACAGGCGAAAGCACUAGCCGAAGUUAUGUCUGCUCUUGAGGGCCUUGAUGCUUUGCUUUUUGCACAGAGCUGCCUUCUAUCUUCUACUAACUCCACCAGUUCUGAUGCCAGUGAGCCGUACCACUUGCUUCUAUAUACACUCCAACGUUAUCUUCGGGAAGGGGGUUGCAAUAGAACAUUGGAACGUGGGAUGGAAGGUACAGAAGGUGAAAAGAGACUAAUUGUAACAGACAUUGUUGUCGGUGCUGUGGCGGCAGCAUUAAUACGAUGUGGUACAACCGUAACGAAACAUCAAGCUAUGGAACUUUUGCAACUUGCUUCAAUUGCUAGACUGCGGGGCAUAUAUGUAUUUACUGAAGAUAUUGCUGUGAUGUGUGCUGAGGCAGCUGCGAUUAUUGGUGAUACGGAGACAGUUACACGAAUUAUUUUUUUGUUAUACCGUUUUCGCGGAGUGUUGGGUCAGUCGGUUGAACCUCUAAAGAAUACAGGUUCCCACAUCACCAGAGUCGGUAGUUCUCUCUGGACCCGUGUGGUUGGCAACUGGGGCUUGCUACGAUCAAGUGAAAAAACUACGGAGAGUGGCGAAAAUCUUGUUUUUCAACGAGCUGUUGCUCGUCUGUUAAAGAGUGUUAUUCAUGCAACUUUACACCACCUGAGUAAUACAAACCUUCGUAUAUCACUGGAUGCGAUGAAAGAGGCGAUACGACUAUUUGAUGAUCUUCGGACCGGAUGUGACUGGGAUGGUAUUGCCUCAAUGGCAGUGGAACUACUCAGUUACAUGAAGGGGGAGGCCCGGCGACACUAUGGCCUUGAAGAUGACAUUGUUAGCGUUGAAUCACUGUUUUAUAUACAGGGAGAGGUGAUGUAUAUUUUGAAUGUGGUACGUGAAAGUCUACCUACUCGCCCCUCAUUGUAUCAGCAAACAACUUAUUCAGCUUGUGUUGCCUUUGCUAUUGAGUGUUAUCUUGUUGACAUGUGCAACUAUCAAGGAAGUAUUGGAGUUUCCGUGAUGGGUUUGCCAUUAUUACUCUCACAGAAGAAACAUCGGGAUUACCUUGAAUCUUCUGCCAGCACAGCCCUUUCUCUUCUGAAGACUACAGUUGAAGAAUCCCAAGAGCAGUAUUUGUACAUGACUUUAGCAGCAACGGCUGCAUUGGUAGCUGCCAAUGCUGUCUUAUUGAAUAUUGAUUCUACUAUAAGUGAUAUGUAUUCUUACUUAAGGGAUUUUUUUUUACGUCGAAAUUUGCAGAUUGUGAAACCGACUGAUUUGAUGUCUUUUUUCUCCUCGCUUGGGGACCAGGGUAUUAGUUGUGGUGCACUCUGGCUUUACAUUGUUUUAGUGGCAGGUCCCGAUCAGAAUCUGCCAAUAGAAUCAUUGAAUAUAAAUGACAUUAUUGUCUUGGGCGCAAGCAAACAAGAAUGGAUUCUUGCUGCAUUGCCAAGUUAUCGGAAAAUGUUGUGGGAGCUGUUUUCCACCCCUGGUUUUCAGCCUUAUGUAUCGCUUGUACCUUGGUUACCUGGUAUCGUGCUCUGUGUGAUGGAGCAGGUGAUGAGGGUUUCGCUUGGAUGUACCAACAAAAAUGGGGAAGCGCUUCUCAUGCUGCAAUUCCUCUGCAGUCAAUUAAGGUACAGUUUUGCUAGAGAAACCACCGCCCUUGUACUAAUGGAAAAACUUAUUGGUUGCGUUCUCCGAUUUACGAUCACCACCGUCAAUGUAGAGGACGUUGUCAUGGAGUCCUUAAAUUUUUUGAACCUGGAUCAUACCUGUGAGGAAGUUUUAGUUGUAGUCGGGGCCUCUGUGUUGCGGAGUUCAUGCGAUCCGCACAAGAGCCUUCCCGAGAGAAUGCGUGAGAUUGCAACAUUAUCUAGGACGUUGACAGAUUCCUUUAAUGCAGUACUACCUACAAAAGUUAAUUGUAGGUUGAUGCUAACAGUAGGUGCAGUAGUUACGUUAAUCAAGUCCUCAUUACAGGAAACAAGUAAUGAUAGUAUUAGAGGAGCAUCUGAGGUAUUGCAGUGGCUUCGGGGUGAACCACCGUCGGACCUGCCUAUUCAGCAGGUACUGUUUAUCUUGCCGGUUGAGUCUACAACAGUGCUGUUAAAAGAUACUCUCACUUCACAGCACAGUUGUGUGAAGUCACAGGAGUCCUUUGAUGGCGUGAGUGAGUCUUGUGCUAUUGCCUAUACUGCAACUGAAAAAAGUAUGAGUUUAGCUCAACGUAGUCGUCUCACAGUAUACUUUUGGAAGGAUGAUAAUAAUGAUAAUGAUAAUCAGUACAACGAACAUCACACAUACGAACAAGAACGGGAUACCGUUCUGGAACAUCAUGGUGUAAACCUAUUGUCGCGCCGAAGGGCACAGGUUAAACGUGCCAAAGCUGAUCUUAUGGACAUCUUGCGAACUCCACUGUAUUCAGAUACCUCAGCACGACGACACCAUAAAGGUAUGAGUGAAGAAUUAGUAAAAUGUCGUCCCAUAAAACAAGAAGGUUUACUACCUCCCUACACUCUACAAAAAAUAUGA